AUGCCGCCUCGCUCCAGAAGCGCUUCUCCACAAGGCCGAAGUGAGCUCCUUCGCUGGCUUAAUGGUCUUUGUAGUGUGGAGUACCCUGCGGUGACAUCCCUCCGUGACGGGGUGGCCUACGUUACCCUCGUCGAGGCCGCGCUCCGGCGCAUCGCUGCGAACGCCGCGGGCUGUAGCUUAUCGGAGGCUCCCACCCUCACCACCUACGCCCGUCGGGCUAAGGCCUUCCUCGCCAAGCUCGACCUCAGCCCCACACGCGCGGUAUGCGAGGGCGUCGAGGCCGCACGGGAUGGCCUCCGUGUGCAACGGGCCUGCGACCGGAACCUGCGACUGUUACAGCAGAUGCUUCGUGGCUGUGUCCCAACCAAGUAUCGGGUCGAGAUCGACGUGGAGCGCUUGGUCAAGGGGAGGCUUCAGGACCACGUCCGGCUCCUUCAGUGGCUUCAUCGGUUCAUGUUAAGCGUCCUCGCGGAGUACUCGAAGUCGGCGUUGAAGAAGAAGAUCCAUCAAGAGUCGGGGAAGGUGGAAGGGGUGAAGUUAAAUCGCGCAAUUAUUUUGUUGGAGGAGAAACGCCUAGAAAAGAAAACGGUGACUCCCCGGCGAGGGGGCAAGGUACUUUUCCAACCUUCUGAACCUCGCGCAGCCUCCUCUAGCGAUAACAUGGUUGUGAAAAAACAACCUUUUUAUGAGGAUCCUGCAAGAUUUUUGAGAACUGACGAGGAUAAAAUGAAUAAUUACGAGGUGAACGAGUUCUCUGCAUCUGAAAAUGAAGUACCGAAUGUGGCUAUCAAUAGUUUACAUCUCUUGCAGAAGGGUGAUGAGUCACCAAUGAGUCCAAGAGAAGUAGUGAGCUCCACCACUCCUCGAAAAUUCCAUCAUACCCCAAGGUCGCACGCAGAAAAUAAGAAACGAAAUGCUCUCUCUUCCUCACCUUUUUAUCAAACCGGUUCGGUAUUAAUACCGGAAGAUUUCAAGCUUUUUCUUAGUAAUCUUCGUCGGGAAGUGGAGGCUUUAGAGGGGGUGGUGAUUCGAGCACAUGAUAAUUACUUCUCCAACCUUACUCGUCGUGGGCCUUCAACACAACCGUUGGAGGAAAGACAGGAAGAGCCCGAAAUGUCGCGCGAAAAUAUUCCUUCUUUGCAUGAAUUAGGUGAGCUUUUAGAGGAGAGAGAUUCCUUAACACAGCAGUUUGCAGCAGUCGAUGCGGUAGUGCAGAAGUUUCGUAAAAAAGGAGCCUCUACCCCUUUAUUGACGGAUCUUUGCUCGAUUCUUCACCCAUCAACUAUGGAAUCUGAGGUGUGCUAA